UGAAUAUUAGCCGGAAGUGUAAGCGAACAAAGUUUGUGAGAGAAUGGCAGAUAAGACUGUGGAUGGCAGGCCAUGGACAGGAUGUGCAGUUCUGUUUUUGCAGUCGCUCUGUCCUGGUGUUAACCUGCUCUCACUUUUCAAAGAUGAACGAGGAAAGUUCAUUGUUUUCAAAGUCAUCAAACUGACUCUUACAGAUUCUGCAGGAGGUCUGGGUGGUUACGAGAUACUAAAGGUCCAUGAUGCUGAUCCCUUCCUCGGAGUGGAGAUGAAGUUUGUGGAUGUGGCAGCUUGUCAGCAGUUCCUGGAGAGCUACAGCUCAGGGACGGUGCGUCAGUCACUCUCGCAACACGGCUGCCGGCUUCUUGCUCUGCCUCAAGAACUGACAGUGGAAACCCAGCUCAAGGCCAGCACGCACAUCCUAGAUCUUUAUCUGGACAAGCUGGAACUUUGCCUUCAUCAAAUCCACCUUUCACAGCCGGAGCGUCUACGCGAUGAAGAGAUUGAUCAUCUGGAAAAGCAGCUACAGGACCAGGCCUUCAGUCACGGCCCACAGCUGACCCCCCUCACACAGGAAGAGUCUCUGCCCAGCAACUGCUUCAAGUUUCAGAACAGGGUGUUUGAGGACCGAAUGCUGACAGCGGCAGAUGUUCAGAGCUUUUCUAACGGAGUGGGCCGUCACUGGAAGCAUGUAGGGAGGGCUCUGGGGAAGAACUGCCGAGCUCUGAAAAGUCCGGCCAUAGACAACCUGGCCUACGAGUACGAGAGAGAAGGGCUGUACGAGCAAGCCUAUCAGCUGCUCAGCCGUUUCAUACAAGCAGAGGGGAGAGAGGCCAAGCUGAGCCGACUGGUCAAAGCACUGGAGGACUGCAAACUUACCAGCCUGGCCGAAAAUGUUCUGGACGUACAGCCAUGAGAGUUACCUUAUGUGUGCUUUGUUUUGCCUGUAUGAGGAAACGUGAAAAUGGAGGGGGUCUGUCCUCUCUUCUUGAGCAAUGGUUGACUUUGUUCUUCCAAACUUUUUAUAUGCAGUAUGUUUGUUCUUGAUUGAUGUCUGUCAUCCUCACAUUCACAAUCAUUCCUGAAUGUGUUUCAAUCAGGUUGCAUGAACAAAUGCAAAAAUGUCUGUGAAAAUUGAGUGAUUAAUGUUUUGAUUUACUUUUCAAUUAUUAGUGUUAUUGACUAUGUAUUUAGAUGAAAUGAUUUGAUCAAAAUGAGUUUUAAGCACUGUUUAUACUUUUACAUCAUGUCCUUAUUUUAUUUCUUGUUUAUGAGUCAAUUUACAGAUGAACCUGUCGGGUCUAUAUUGCUUAAUGAGUACACAACUAAAGGUUAUUGUUUUUUCCUGCAAAAUGGGUGCAUACAAAAUUAAAUGGUUGUGAAAAAAGUCGUCA